UCCGCGCGCCGGUGGUAAACAGAGCUGUCAAACAACAUCGACGCCAUUUCGACAACAGCCUUAAAAUGGCAGUAAAAUGCAGAGCGAGGAUCGUUCCUCACUGAAAAAGAAGCGACGCGCGCUUCCCGUGCUCGCGAGUACAAACGCGCUUUAACGGACGCUCGAAGAGGAGACGCGGCGACACGAUGGACAUCAGCACGGCGGUGUUCAACGCGGCGAGGGACGGAAAACUGAAACUCAUCCAGAAGUUGCUGAGCAACAAAAGUCCGGAGGAGCUGGAGGCGCUGGCGGAGGAGAAGACGCAGGGAGGCACGCCGCUGCUCAUCGCCUCCCGCUACGGACACCUGGAGGUGGUGGACUACCUGCUGGAGCACUGCAAGGCGAACGUGGAGCUCGGCGGCUCCGUGAACUUUGACGGCGAGACGAUCGAGGGCGCCCCGCCGCUCUGGGCGGCCUCGGCCGCGGGCCACCUGCCGGUGGUGAAGACGCUGCUGAAGCACGGCGCCUCCGUGAACAACACCACCCUCACGAACUCCACGCCGCUGCGGGCCGCCUGCUUCGACGGACACCUGGAGAUCGUCCGCUACCUGGUGGAGCACCAGGCCGACAUGGAGGUGGCCAACCGGCACGGACACACCUGCCUGAUGAUCUCGUGCUACAAGGGCCACAAGGAGAUCGCCAAGUUCCUGCUGGAGCGGGGCGCCGACGUCAACCGCAAGAGCGUCAAGGGCAACACGGCCCUGCACGACUGCGCCGAGUCCGGCAGCCUGGAGAUCAUGAAGAUGCUGCUGAAGUGCAACGCGCGCAUGGAGCGCGACGGCUACGGCAUGACCCCGCUGCUCGCCGCCAGCGUCACCGGCCACACCAACAUCGUGGAGUACCUGGUGCACCAGCCGCGCGCCUCCCGCGAGGAGCGCGUCGACGCGCUGGAGCUGCUGGGCGCCACCUUCGUGGACAAGAAGCGCGACCUGCUGGGCGCCAUGCGCUACUGGCGGAGGGCCAUGGAGCUGCGGCAGGCGGGCGAGAAGGCCGGCGCCCUGGCCAAGCCGCCGCCGGGGCCGCCCGUGCCGGCCUACGACUGCGCCUGCGAGGUGCGCACGGCCGAGGAGCUGGAGGCGCUGAUCACGGACCCCGACGAGAUGCGCAUGCAGGCGCUGCUGGUGCGCGAGCGCAUCCUCGGGCCCUCGCACCCGGACACGUCCUACUACAUCCGCUACCGCGGCGCCGUCUACGCCGACUCGGGCAACUUCGAGCGCUGCAUCAGCCUGUGGAAGUACGCGCUGGACAUGCAGCAGAGCAACCUGGACCCGCUCAGCCCCAUGACGGCCAGCAGCUUCCUGUCCUUCGCCGAGCUCUUCUCCUUCGUGCUGCAGGACCGCGCCAAGGGCACGCUGGCCACCCGCGUCACCUUCCAGGAUCUGAUGGGCGUGCUGGGCAAGAGCGUGCGCGAGGUGGAGCGCGCCGUGGCGCAGCGCGACAGCCCGCCGGAGGCGCCGCAGUUCACCAAGGCGCUGUCCAUCAUCCUGCACCUGGUCUUCCUGCUCGAGAAGCUGGACUGCGCGCCCGAGCAGGAGCACCACAAGCGGCGGACCGUCUACCGGCUGCUCAAGCUCAACCCGCGGGCGAGGAGCGGCUACACGCCGCUGCACAUGGCCGUGGACAAGGAGACCACGUCGGUGGGCCGCUACCCGGUGGGCCGCUUCCCGUCGCUGGCCGUGGCCAGCCUGCUGCUGGAGUGCGGCGCCGACGUGGACUCGCGCGACUGCGACAACAACACGCCACUGCACGUGGCCGCCGCCAACGGCUGUCCCGAGAUCAUGGCGGCGCUGAUUCGGGCCGGCGCGCACUUCGACGCCACCAACGCGCGCCGCAAGACGGCCUACGAGCUGCUGGACGAGCAGAGCGGCGGCCGCCACGCGCUGCACCCGCUCAACUACGUCACGCUGCAGUGUCUGGCGGCCCGCGCCAUCGAGAGACACAGACUGCCCUACAAGGGGCUCAUCUCGGAGGAGAUGGAGGCGUUCAUCGAGCUGCACUGACCGCGCUACCUCCGGCCGCGAUCCGAGCAAUAACCCGGGGCUCCUCGUCGGAACCGAGCCGAGCCGCGCCGGGACGAACCGUGGACGCGCGAGGACCUUCGUGGGCCCGAGCGGCCUUUGCUGUGACCUCCUCGCUCUC